CGUGAGAAAAGUAGCGCGAGUGCAAAAGCUAGGAAGUACUAUCACCAUCUGGGUGCUCAGUCGUACGGGCAGGCGAGAGAUACGUGGAUGUAUAGCCAUUACCCCACGAUUGGGUCGACAACGACAACGGGCAUUAGCUCUACGACGACAGUUGCACAGCCUCAGCAACCAGAUAGAUUGCUCGAUUGGUGGUGUUCGAUGCAUGGGGUUGAUGCAAAGGGACAGAGAGUCUUGCCUGAUCCCGGAACACAACAGAUAGCUAAUGCCAUUAUUGGCUUGAAGGAAAAGGAGGCAACUGUUGAGUUCACUCCUAAAGGAAAAAUUGAUGCCUUACACGAGACUUUAGGACGGAACCAAUAUGGACGUGUGAGGGGCGUAGGAGGUGUCCGCCUCGGGGUGAGAAAGGUGUAUGGUGAUCAAUACACUACUACGUCAAAAUCCGGUGCCUCCAGUGUGAAUUCGGCAGCUUCCAUAGAUGUGGAGGCUAUGAAAGCUGCAAUUCGGGAGGAGCUCAGAGCGGAGAUGACUCAGAAUUUCAACGCCAUUUUGGCGCAAAUGGGCUUACCGACUUUUGGUGCUUUCCAGCAGGGCAGUGUUCCUACGCAGCCUGAUCCAGUUCCGGAGUUCACGAUAAUCAAUUAAUAUCACAACUAUUGUUCU